AUGCUGCUGGUUUACAUGAUCCCCCAGCCUGUCGGGCAGAGCCGGGACCUCGAGAGGGAAGCCGUCCGAUCUGAGGCACGAGCCUCUGCAGACCUGCUCUCUCCUGGCGUGAGGCUCCGCACUGCGCCACGCGUCCUGGGCUCCGUUCAGAACAAACAUCAGGUCAUUGAAGCGGCAGAAGGUUUCGUAGCAUGGGGCUACGCGUUCCUGCUGUUCCAGGAAGAGGCUUCUGUUCAGGCCCUGAUCGACGCCUGCAUCGAAGAGGACGGGAAGCUGUACCUGUGUGUCUCCAGUCCCACCAUCAAAGACAAACCGGUCCAGAUCCGUCCCUGGAACCUGAACGACAGUGACUUCGUCAUGGACGGCUCUCAGCCUUUGGAUCCUCGUAAAACCAUCUUUGUUGGGGGCGUGCCGCGGCCUCUGCGUGCAGUGGAGUUGGCGAUGAUCAUGAACCGGCUGUACGGAGGCGUUUGCUACGCCGGCAUCGACACCGACCCGGAGCUGAAGUACCCGAAGGGCGCCGGCCGCGUGGCCUUCUCCAACCAGCAGAGCUACAUCGCUGCCAUCAGCGCCCGCUUUGUUCAGCUGCAGCACAACGACAUCGACAAACGGGUGGAAGUGAAGCCGUACGUCCUUGAUGACCAGAUGUGCGACGAGUGCCAGGGGGCACGCUGCGGCAGCAAGUUCGCCCCGUUCUUCUGUGCCAGCGUCACCUGCCUGCAGUACUACUGCGAGUACUGCUGGGCCAGCAUCCACUCACGGGCCGGCCGGGAGUUUCACAAGCCGCUGGUGAAGGAGGGGGGCGACCGCCCCCGACACGUGUCGUUCCGCUGGAGCUGAGAGGAACCGAACCCACACCUGAGCUCGAAAUCCCCCUCCAGCAUAAAUCAGACAGUGCCCCAUCUCCCCCACCAUGUUCA